CAGUGAAUUGAGAAAUGUGUGCGUAGCAAAGCUGGAAGGCACAAACAACCGCAGAAAUAUAGCCUAAAACGUUGUUACACUUUUCUUCAACUGGAGAAUAUGAAGCGGUUAUGCAUUUGUGAAAUCUGUAACUGUGGACGCCACCGCUGUGCACAUGCUCCCACUGCACUGUACGGAAAAGACAAUGCCGUCUGUGCGCUGACAGAGUACAAGGAGAAGUACCCCACAUAUGACGGUUAUAAUGCCCCCGCCAGCCUGAAGCCCAGGAAUGAGUUUCAGAAGGACCAGGGAAGGAUGGAUGGCACCACAACUUUCAAGUCUGACUAUAUUCCUUAUGAAGUGUCCCGUCGGCCUGGCAGACAGCAGGCAGAAUAUAGACGCCGCAGUGGAGAGAUUGACCUUGACACAACUUACAAACUGGACUUCAACCCGUAUGAAGUACAACCAUUUCACCCUGUGAGACCCAAAGAAAGAUCGCACUCAAAAGGAGGGAAGCUGGAUACCGUGCCAACUUACAAAGAGGAUUUUCGACCAUGGGAGAUCAGUAAGAGGGAGCUGACCAAACCAGAAUUUACAUACCAACCUCCUUCUGCAAAGUUUGGAAAUGCAACGACGUUCCAGGAUGAUUUCGCCGCAAGAGGCCUGGUCCCGCGAGAGAGCUUCAAACCUCCCAACGUGGCCAAGCAGUCUGACACCCCAUUCGAAAGCCUGACCAGCAACCGCAUCUCCUUCAUAGCCCACCCUCUGGAGGCCAGAUUCGUCAAGGCCAAGGAGGAGUACAAGCCCAGCAGCCAGCCCUUCCAGGACCACACCACCCACCGCAAUGAUUUCCAGGGGCUCCCCGGGCAGCUGCCCAAGAGCUGCAAGCCCGAUAUGGCCAUGGUGGCGUCCGACGCGCGCUUCAGCGAGAGCACCGAGUUCCGCGACAGCUUCCAGCAGUGGCCCGUGUCCCUGCCCCAGUUUCGGCAGCCGGCGGAGUACGUGGGCCCCAGCGUGCCCAUGGACCUCAGCACCACCAACCAGGGCGACUUCAUCAAGCACAGCGUGCAGCCCUUCGUCUCGGUGAAGCCCCUGCCGCGGCCCACAAAUUCCUCCGCCCGCUUCCAAGGCAACACCACCAUGAGGGACGACUUCAAGGCCUGGGCGGCGGGGAGGCAGGAGAUGAUCAAGAGGCCGCAGGAGAUGAGGAAGGCCAGUGGGAAGAUCGAAGACCUGACCACGUUCAAGGCCCACUUCACCCAGCACGCCAUCCUCCCCCCGACCAGCUGCAAGCCCGCCAACGCGCCCAUGAAAUCCGAAGUGCCGUUCGACGACGGAACCAUGUAUCGCAACGAGUUUACUGCAAAGAAAAUCAUUACGUGCCCUGCGAGCUUCGAUUCCCCGCCCGGUUACAUCUUUGACAACAACGAUGAGAGAGGCCACAAGUUCUUCCGCAAGCUGUCGUCUCAAGACCAGAACAAAAUGGCGGUGUCCUCCGGGAUCCAUACUCCAAAGGAAGUGGCUGUGGUGUCAUAAACUUUAAUCAUGUUUAAGGGCUAGCAAACACGCCUUUUUUUUCCCAUUUGGAUACUGACCAUAUUUCUGUUGUUGUCUGAGCUUAAAGUUGUAUAGUCAGCAAUAGAAUUCCAAAUAUCAAAUUACUAGACCCUAGAGAAAUAUUCUUAGACAUAAAUGUGCACAAAAAUCUAAAAAUCAUUUUCACUACACUAAUUGUUAUUUAGAAUAAUGCAGCAAAUAUUAGUCAUUCAUUCCCUCUGAUCUCAUGUGGUAUCAGAAUAAAAGUAAUACUAUAAAGAAUAUAAUAUAUAAUACUUUAAUAAUAUAAGGCUUUCUUACUUUCAGUGAAUCUUUGUGCAAAAUUAUCUUAAAAAUGACUUUAAAAGAGCAGUCACAUUUAUUCUGCAUAAUGCAAUGCAUUAUAAAUAGUGUAAAAUUCUACUUUGAUAAUAAUGUAAUUUAUUAGAUCAAUACAUGUAAAUCUUUUCAAAAAUUUGUGUGUGAAAACUGUGCAUGUGAAGUGUAUCAAUGAUGC